AUGGAUCAAGUAGAACUUGACGCGGCCGGCUUGCCCAAUUACGCUGACCUGCUAGCCCGAUCUCCCAUACUAGCAGCGUUGGCUGGAAAUUCACAACCAUUAGCAACACCCUCACUAACUUCUGGCCAUCAUGGCAACCACUCGUCUCCCGUCUAUCCUGGCCCCACAUGGUGGCUCUCGUGUCAAUGUGGUGAUGGCUGGGGGCCUCUUUCGCCAAAGUACAACGACUUGACCCCGUGCUUUCUUCAGGGUAUCUUGUAUGUGACAGCAGGGGUGUUAAUGGUGGCGCUUAGCGCCCGACAGCUUGUGGUGAUGAGCAGAAAAAAAGCUAUUGGAAACAAGGCCAAGUGGACGUUUUACACCCGAUUAGUGCUUACUGUUUUGCAGCUUUUGUUCUCGGCCACCUUGUACGGGUCGUACCCAGAGUCGUUUGACAUCAUCAAGUUAGGGUUAGCUUUGAACGUGGUAUCUUUGGUGUUAGCGUUCAGCUUGCAUUAUGUGGAACAAUUUAAGGCCAUGGUUUCUUCGGGCGUUUUGCUUUUCUAUUGGCUUUUCCAGGUGUUCUUCAACAUUGGCAGAAUUGUCAAUUUGAACUUGAGAAAUGAAAAACACGGCAAUUUCUUUGCCGUGUCCAUUUUGGCCGCCAUGAAUGCUUUCGUUGUGCUUCUACUUGAACAUUACUUCCCUCCACUCUCCAGUCAGCCAUACACAAAGCAACUCAGCAUCGCUCCUUACGAUAAGGCCAAUGUGUUUCUGCGUAUUGCCUUCAACUGGAUGGCUGCUUUGAUGAAAAAAGGCUUCUAUCAGUUUUUGACUGAAAAGGACUUGCCUUUCUUGCCCUCUGAACUUAAGGCAAGAACAACAGCUGAUAAGUUCUAUCACUACUGGACCAAGAGUCCAAACCCUUCGUUGUUCUUGACUUUGUCUAAGGCCUUCGGUUUGCCCUUCUUGAUUGGUGGUGUAUUUAAGGGCCUUCAGGACAUUAUGGCCUUUGCUCAGCCCCAAUUGCUUCGUCUUUUGAUCAGCUUUGUCAACGACUACUCGGAAUCCUUAAAAAGGGACGAUCCUAUCCCUCUUACAAGAGGUUUGAUGAUUGCUGCAGGUAUGUUCCUCGUGUCCGUACUCCAGACCGCUUUCUUGCACCAAUAUUUCCAGAGGGCUUUCGACUUGGGCAUGAAGAUCAAGUCCUCCUUGAUUGCAGUAAUCUACAACAAGUCGCUUGUUUUGUCAAACGAAACUAAACAAGAGUCUAACACUGGUGAUAUUGUCAAUUUGAUGUCCGUGGAUACCCAAAGACUUCAGGACUUAGUUCAGAACUUGCAAAUCAUUUGGUCGGGUCCUUUCCAAAUCAUCUUGUGCUUGGUCUCUUUGCAUGGCUUACUCGGGAACAGUAUGUGGGCCGGUGUCUUCAUUAUGAUUGUCAUGAUUCCUCUCAAUGGCUUGAUCGCGAGAGCCAUGAAAAGAUUGCAAAAGACCCAAAUGAAAUACAAAGAUGCCAGAUCUAGGUUGAUCAGUGAAAUUUUGAACAAUAUUAAGUCGCUUAAGUUGUAUGGAUGGGAACACCCUUACCUGGAUAAGCUUAAAGCAGUCAGAAAUGAUCAAGAGUUGCGCAACUUGAAGCGUAUGGGUUUGCUCAGCGCAAUGUCCACAUCGUCGUGGAGCUUCACUCCAAUCCUUGUCAGUUGUUCUACCUUCGCUCUCUUCGUUCUUCUUAAUAAAGACAAGACUUUGUCAACCGAUAUUGUGUUCCCUGCGUUAUCCUUGUUUAACUUGUUGUCGUUUCCUCUCGCUGUCGUUCCAAUGGUCAUCACCAACAUUGUGGAAUCGCAGGUCGCCAUCUCAAGAUUGACCAAAUUCUUGACUGGUAGCGAAUUACAACCUAACGCUGUUACUAAACUUCCGAAAGCUACUACAUUGGGAGAAGUCGCGGUCUCUAUCAAAAAUGGUACCUUUUUAUGGUCCAAGAAGAAAGGUGAGGAGUCUUACAAGGUUGCUUUGUCAAAUAUCAACAUGUCAGUGAAGAAAGGUGAGCUCGACUGUAUUGUUGGAAGGGUUGGCUCUGGCAAAUCUUCAAUAAUUCAGUCCCUCUUGGGUGACUUAUACAAGCUCGACGGAGAAGUUAAGGUGCGCGGUAAAGUUGCAUACGUUUCUCAGGUUCCUUGGAUUAUUAAUGGCUCUGUCAAGGAAAACAUUCUUUUUGGUCACAAAUACGAUCCCGAGUUCUACCACAAGGUUUUGAAGGCAUGUGCUCUUACUGUGGACUUGAAGAUCUUGCCAAAGGGUGACAGAACUGAAGUUGGUGAGAAAGGAAUUUCUCUCUCUGGAGGACAAAAGGCACGUCUAGCAUUGGCUAGAGCUGUCUAUGCUAGAGCUGAUGUCUAUUUGUUGGAUGAUCCAUUGUCAGCAGUGGAUGAGCACGUUGGAAAACACUUGAUUGAUAACGUUUUGGGUCCGAAUGGUUUGUUGAAAACAAAGUGCAGAAUUUUGGCAACCAACGCAAUUCACGUUUUGAGCAUUGCUGACAAUAUGCACAUGGUGAAAGAUGGGUCUCUCGUGGAACAAGGAACCUAUUUAGAGAUUAUGUCCCAGGAAAGAAGCCAGUUACGUCAACUCAUUCUCUCAUUUGGUAAAAAGAGAGGAGAUGAUUCUACAGUCCCAUCUUCCUCCGCAACCUCUGUCAGAGGUGAUAAAAGUGCCUCGGAUUUAGAGGAGCUCAAAGACAGUGGCUUUAACGUCAGCUCCGAAAACACUUCCGAUAUCGAUGUCCAGAGUUUAAGGAGAGCGUCAGAUGCCACCUUAAUAACUGAUGAGGAGCGCUUGUUACGUCUGGCUGAUGAUGAGGUAGACCAAGAAUUAGAGGACGAGGAUGUGAAAGCCAGGCAGGAAAAAUAUCAGCAGGGUAAAGUCAAGUGGAAUGUUUACAAACAAUAUGGGCUCGCUUGCGGUUCUUCCAAUGUUUUGGUCUUCUUGAGUACAACCAUCAUAUCCAUGAUUUUCAAUGUUUCAUCUAAUGUCUGGUUGAAGCACUGGUCAGAGGUCAACACCGAAAAGGGCUAUAAUCCUGCCUUGUUGAAGUAUUUGGGUAUAUACUUCCUGUUAGGAUUCGCCUAUACAAUCAGUAUGAUGACUCAAAUGAUCUUCAUGUGGAUUUUAUGUACCAUUCGUGGAUCUACGAAGCUACAUAAUGAUAUGGCAGCAAGCGUGUUCAGAGCACCAAUGUCUUUCUUUGAGACCACACCAAUCGGAAGAAUAUUGAACAGAUUUUCAAACGAUAUCUACAAGAUUGAUGAAGUUUUGGGCCGAGUGUUUGCGCAGUUUUUCGUAAACUCUGCAAGAGUGUUGUUCACAAUACUUGUCAUUUGUUAUUCAACCUGGCAGUUCAUAUUUAUCGUCUUGCCCUUGGGUGUUUUGUAUGUGUACUACCAGCAGUACUACUUGAAAACCUCCAGAGAAUUGCGUCGUUUGGACUCGGUCUCGAGAUCUCCGAUAUUUGCAAACUUUCAAGAGUCAUUAAACGGAGUGUCAAUAAUUCGUGCUUACGGUCAAGAAGACAGAUUCAAGUUUUUAAAUGAAGCUAGAAUCGAUAAGAAUAUGCGUGCUUACCAUCCUUCCGUUAACGCCAACAGAUGGUUGGCUGUCAGACUUGAGUUCUUGGGAUCUGUCAUCAUUUUGGCUUCUUCGGGAUUGGCCAUAUUGACUCUCAAAUCGAGUGGCAUUUCUGCUGGUAUGGUUGGUUUAUCCGUGUCUUACGCUUUGCAAAUUACUCAAUCCUUGAACUGGAUAGUGAGAAUGACGGUUGAGGUGGAGACAAAUAUUGUCUCUGUGGAAAGAGUGCUUGAAUAUUCAGAGUUGACACCGGAAGCGCCGGAAGUUGUCUACGACAACAGACCACCCAAGACGUGGCCACAAGAUGGUGAGGUUGUUUUUAAGAACUACUCGACAAGAUAUAGACCCGAGCUCGACCUAGUCUUGAAGAACAUCAACCUCGAAAUAAAACCACAUGAGAAGAUUGGUAUUGUUGGAAGGACCGGUGCUGGCAAGUCAUCCUUGACUCUUGCACUCUUUAGAAUUAUUGAAGCCGCCGAAGGACACAUUGAGAUUGACAACAUAGAUACAAGCAAGAUCGGUCUUCAAGAUUUGAGGCACAAGCUUUCAAUCAUUCCACAAGAUGCGCAAGUAUUUGAGGGUACAAUCAGAGAUAAUUUGGACCCGACCGGUUCAUACACUGAUGAGAACAUGUGGAAAGCAUUGGAAUUGUCGCAUUUGAAAGACCAUGUGCUCAGAAUGUAUGAGGAAAGAGACAAGCUGAACGAAUGUAUCAAAUCUGCCUUAGAUGUCAAAAUGACAGAGGGUGGUUCCAAUUUGUCUGUUGGGCAGAGACAAUUAAUGUGUCUUGCAAGAGCGUUGCUUAUCCCCUCUCACAUCCUUGUAUUGGAUGAAGCAACAGCGGCCGUGGACGUUGAAACUGACGGCGUCUUGCAGGAGACAAUCAGAACGGAAUUUAAAGAUCGUACAAUUUUGACUAUUGCUCAUAGAUUGAACACUAUCAUGGACUCUGACAGAAUUGUUGUUCUUGAGCAGGGUGAGGUCGCCGAAUUCGAUUCUCCCGAAAAAUUGUUGAAUAACAAGAACUCUUUAUUUUAUUCUUUGGCUCUUCAAGGUGGUAUUGUGAACGAAGAAGGAGUGGCAGAGAAUGAGUAA